GCAAUUAUUUACUUAAAUAAAUCUCAUUCAUAAAUGAUAUUAAAAGUAAGGUAAACUUUAUUCAAGAUGACGUAUCAAGGAUGGAAAAUAGAAAGAAAAGAAAAGCCAAAAGAAAAGAAAAAUGGUUCAUCGAUAAACAUGAGGGAAUAGAUGCAAAAGUAUGGACGCGCGUAAACGUUCGAGUAUACGCUUGUCGCGUGGGAGAAAAGGUGGGGGAGUGAAACGAAUUGGCUGAGGGGUAGGAGGAUGUUGUUAGGGGGUGGCAGUGUAGGGUUGAAAGAGGGGGAUGGUGGGUCAGCGGACGAGGGCUUUGCCGCCCUCGUCAGUCGCGUCACGCGUUUUCCAUCGACGACGUCGCUAUAAUACUGGGGAUUCGGCAAACUAACUAAACAUUAGUUACGAGUUUGCCGAUCCAACGUUUCCUCUCGUCGUGCUAGUUUUUUUGUCUUUUGGCUCUUGGCUCUUCAACCUCAGCCCUCAGACUUCUAGCACCUUAGCUUCGAUUUUGUUCUUUACCAUUGUAUUUGUUGUCCUCUAGUAAAUACUCUUCUAUAUAUUAAAAGACGCGAGGAAUAAAGCUAGCAAGGCAGCACGUGACGCCUCACCGUGAUCGGUCGAGCACGCCGCGGUAAAACUCGUCUCUUAUCGAUCGAAAUGUACCGCGCAGCACGUUGCCGCAGUUCCGCAUGGCGCCUACCACCUCCACCCUCACAAUUUUCGAUGCUAUCGCCAUAGAAAACACAAGGACCACACGACUCUCUUAUUAUUAUCUACCACGAGUUUUCAUUAAUUCGAACGUAUCGUCGCGUUUAACAAAAUCAUCCACGGAAUUUCAAUCGAAAAUCAAAGACUUGUUCGGAAGGUUAACUUGAUUGAUUUCUAUUAGAAACGAAAAAGAUAUUUCCAUUAAUUUUGAUUAUUAUUCGUAUAUUCGCGGAUGAUUUUUUAACCGAUUAUCUCUUUUGGUAACAUAUUUUAGAGAUGAUUUACAUUCGUAUUUUUGUAUAACUCUGAGCAAACAUAGGAUCUACAAUCGAGUUAAGUUCGCGAUAGAUCGAUCAUUUUCAAAGGAAGCACGAAUGGCCAAUGAGAGUCGUUCUUUCUCCCGCCAAAACCGUGGCGCGUUGAGAAUCCUAUUCUCGUCUCGCGAACUAACGAGUUGCGCGUGCGUGCGUGUGUGUGCUUUUGAGAAUUAAUUUUCACGUGAUUAUUCAUCGAAAAUUAAAAUAAGUUCGAACAUUGUUAUUUCUAAAUCAUGUCGAGAUCAUGUUGAUGCAAUUAAAUUUUAUCUAUGUACCGGAUCACAUUCGUGCUGAGAAGAAAGAUUCCUCGUAACAGAAAAAAGACGGAAGAGGGAGGAAUGAGGAGAUUCGUCCGGUGACGUUGUGCCACGCGCGGUAAUGCUACUGGCAAGCGGUGCCUCGAUACCGACCAUCGCCGGUGCCGUCGAGGAGGAAGAUUAUGCGCGUAGCGAAGCUAACAGCGCGCACUAUGAUGGAUACGUCACCGAUCAUACCGAUCUCGCUUCUGAGAUCGAUAUCGACGAAUCCGAGUAUAGAAGAGAACUACUCAACGAUAAAUGGCGGAUGCUGUUCGACAAGUUCGAUCCUGAGGGUUUCGGAGAGAUACCAUUGGAGGACUUUUUGGUAGCGUUAAAAAGUGCCGAAUGGAAAACGGAAAUACCAGCUAACAAGAGAGAUAUCCUGCUCGUUAGAGCAAAAGAAUCCAAGGUCGACGCGAUUACCUUUCAGGACUUUGUUAAUGUGGUGAGUCGUUUUCGAUGACUUUGACCAUUGAACCAAAACAAGGAUAAUAGAUAGACCAUCAAAAUCUACCUACAAGUAUUUAAACAUUCAUUAACAAUAGAAUCUCCAGUUUCUUAAAUUAAUGGGAAGACAUAAUAGUUCGGAUGAUAAAAUUUUCAUAUACGUGAAAAUAUCAAAUAUAAAUAGCAAUAAAAUGUAAUGUA